UUCACUCAACCGGUAAUUUAUAUUCGGUGCGAUCGUUAGCCAUCAGAAUUGGUGAAGGGUUGAAGUAUUUAAGAAGGAUGAAUGAAGCUGUUCCCUAGCGGAGUUUAUGCAACUGCUUUUCGUUUUUUUUUUUUUUUUUUUUUUUCAGAAAUAGGAACUAGUUAAGUGCAGAAAAGUGCUUUCAGUGUUGUGAAGAUAAUUUAUUCAAAUCUCUAUUUCUCUUCCUAGCUCAAUUUUACAAAUUCUUAGACGUUUAUUAACCAAUUCAUAUCUAUUGUAUGAUAUAUUUCAAAGUGUUCAACAUGGAAAAUUUAUUCUUUAUUACAGUGAUAGCCCUUCUGUUUGUGAAUGAAUGUCAGUCUUGCGCUUUGCCUUACUGGUGGAGUGAACAAUUUCAUUUUCCACCAUUUUAUCCCCAGUCAGGACAGCCAAAGAGCACGUAUAACUACCGAGAAACGUAUCGUCAAAUUGACCCAAACAACUUUGUACGUAUUCAAGAAUAUAGUGAAUAUACCUGGUGGGAACAAGAUGCAUCUAACAAUAGACCUUCAAACACUGGAUUUUUACCAGGAAAUUUUGGCAGAGGAGUACAGAACGCAAUGUUACCUAAAGGCACUGGCCACAAAGAAGUCCAACUUCAUGGUGCAAUUCCUCGCCAAGAUCGCAAUAAUCACAUUGAUUCUAACAACAUCGUUCCAGCUGGUGACACAAAUGGUAUAACUCACGAUGACACAAAUGGAAUUGUCCCUGCUGGAGAUCCUGUUGCUUUUGAUGACACUAAUGGAAUGAUGCCUGAAAAUGAAGCUGGUAUUAGCGAGAUAAACCGUGAAGCAGAAAGAGAAAGAAAUGAAAAGGAAAGAGAAAGUAUAGAAAUUAAUGAUUUAGAGGUUUCCGGAGAAAGUAAGGCUUCCUAUGCAGUUACUAAUACAGAUCAGUCAGAAGGAUUUUUUAAUACAUGGUUUGGUGGACAAGUACUCAAUGAGACCAAGCCUUGUAAAGUUUCAGACGCUGAUAUUCAUUCAUUAAGAAGUAUGAUUGAAAAAAUGUUUAGUUUUCCGAGGGAGCAUAUGGAACACCCUGAAACUAAAGAAAAAGCCAGAGAUGAUAUCUUAAACAAGUUUCGUGCAUUCGGCUUACAAGUGUGGACACAAAAUUUUACGACACCGCCUCUGAAAAAUCCGGGUGCGAUGGGAAGUAACUACUUUGUGGAUCACUAUUUAAUACCGGAAGAACUCAAGAGGGCAAGAGCUCGAUUCCAAGGAGCUUUCAUUUUGGAUGGCAUUUUAAACUAUAAUGACGUUCCUAAUACCCAAGAGCUACCCUUGGAUUAUGCAGAGUCUCUACCAGGUCUACAAUAUUUUGUAAACAAUACUGGCAAUCGAGGAAAUUUUCUGGCAAUGAUUUCAAGGAAUGAAAUGGAUAAUCAUCUUUCCCAGAAAUUAAUGGAAGCCUGGCAAGAGUUGGGCAACCAUCAGUAUAAGUUGUUCAACUUGGCUGUCGAGAUGGGCGACAAAGUUCCACCACCGUCAGUCAUAGAAAGGCAUUUAAAUUUCUUAAGAAGUGAUCAUGCAACUUUCUGGUAUCACAAUUCAUCGUCUCACUUUCCAGAAUCUUUGAAUGCAGUCCUUCUAACUGAUACAGGACCAUUUAGAGGGCAAAUGAAAGAAUGCUAUCACAGCAAAUGUGAUGAUUUAACAGUAAUGUCUCCAGAAAAACUUCAAUUUGCUAAGAAAACUGCUGAUGCUCUAACAGCCACUUUAGUAGAGUUAACAAGUGCUACAGCAUUAGGAAAUCAAGUCCAGCCCAUGCAUGUUUUUUAUUUCGUACUUCAUGCUUUUAUUCUGUUCUGUGCUACAAAGCAGUUGUUUUAAAAGUAUCCCAUUAAUAAAUGAGAAAAUAUUGUUAAAUGUAAGAAACAUAAAAUAAAAAUUAUUUUUACCUUUAA